CCAGCAGGAUCAGGUCCUCCUCUGACAGUCAGGAUGUCGACCAUGUCUCAGAAGCACCAGGACUUUGUUGGCGAGCUGAUGGGGGACAAACCGGUGACGGCUCUGUCGGGCAUCAGCGAGACUCUGGGGAAGAAGCUGGAGGAGCAGGGCUUCAACAAGGCCUACGUGGUUCUCAGUCAGUUCCUGGUCUUGAGGAAAGACAGUGAGAUGUUCACCGAUUGGCUUAAAGAUGCCAGUGGCGCCAACUCCCGCCAGGCCGGAUCCUGCGCUCAGUGCCUGAAGGAGUGGUGUGACGCCUUCCUCUGAGGCUCCGCCUCCUCCCCAAAGACCAUGCCACUUCCUGGGUUUGCU